ACGGCUGGGUCAGUCUUCAGAAGAACCUCUGUCAAAAUGGCCAUAAUAAAAUAAAAGAAAAAGGGCAAAAAAUAUAUUUUUGCUUUAUUGAAAUUUUGCGGUAGUGUUUAAUUAAAAGAGUGCAAAAAUUAAUUAAAACAAAUAAAAGAGAAAGAAAAACGUGCAAUGUCAACGACGACGACUACAACACCAAAACGAAAUAAAAUAAUUAUGAAUAAAUAAAGUAGUGUUAAAUAAAACAAUUUUAGGAAAACUAUUAAUUUAAAAAGCAACAACGAAGACGACGACUAAUUACGUAGUCAAUAUCUACGAAAAUUAAGUAAAUAGAACAAAGAAAUUAAAAAAGACGUGUAAUAGAAUUUUUCAUUUACUAAAUUGCCUGUUGUGGUGGCAGCAGAAGCAGAAGCCGCAGCAAAAGUAAUUGUUUAUUGAGGGUGUUUGGCUGUGUAAGCUGUAGAAACGACUGCUUGCGUGUCUGCUUUUGCAAGUUUUAUAAACAAUGGAUACACGAGUCACUAGUGGAGGCAAUGGCUCGCUAGCCCUAGAAAUGAGCAAUAGCAAUAAUAUGGGUGGCAGCACCUCUAGCUUGAAUUCCAAAGAGUUGCGUCAACAGAAAGAAGAUGUAACCUUGUACUUUAAGAAAAUAUCCAGUGCCCUAUUCUAUGGCCUGUCUUCAUUCAUGAUAACCGUAGUUAAUAAGACAGUACUAACAUCGUACAAAUUUCCGUCGUUUCUAUUCCUCAGUCUGGGACAAAUAACGGCCAGCAUAGUAGUAUUAAGCAUGGGCAAACGCCUAAGACUAGUCAGCUAUCCCUCACUGCAGCGCAAUACAUUCAAGAAAAUAUUUCCUCUGCCGCUUAUAUUCCUGGGCAAUAUGAUGUUCGGUCUGGGCGGUACACAAGCCUUAAGUUUACCCAUGUUUGCUGCUUUACGGCGAUUUUCCAUACUAAUGACCAUGUUAUUGGAAUUGAAAAUAUUAGGUGUCCGCCCCUCUGUGGCGGUACAGGUCAGUGUGUAUGGCAUGAUAAGUGGUGCCCUGUUGGCGGCCUCCGAUGAUUUAUCUUUCAACAUGCAGGGCUAUACGUUUGUCAUGAUAACAAAUGCUCUAACCGCUGCUAAUGGUGUAUUUGUCAAAAAGAAACUGGAUACUUCGGAAAUUGGCAAAUACGGCCUAAUGUUCUACAAUUCUCUAUUUAUGUUUACACCUGCCCUGCUGAUCACUUAUCUAACAGGCGAUCUUCAUGAAACAUUGGCUUUUAAACAUUGGCAUGAUCCCUACUUUGUGGUUCAGUUCCUACUUAGCUGUUUUAUGGGAUUCAUCUUAUCCUACAGCACUAUUCUCUGUACACAAUACAAUUCAGCCUUGACUACCACCAUAGUAGGCUGUUUAAAGAAUAUAUGUGUCACCUAUUUGGGUAUGUUUAUUGGUGGCGACUAUAUAUUCUCGUGGUUAAAUUGCAUUGGCAUUAAUAUCAGCGUAUUUGCUAGUCUAUUAUAUACGUAUGUAACUUUUAGACGGAAGCAAGCACCCGAUAAGGAACUACUGAUACCAACAACAAAUAAAAGUGAAGCUGUUUAGUUUAAAAUUUUCAUAUUUGUCGCCAAAACCACCACACACCACUACCAGCAUCAGCAUUAUCUUGAGACCAUAAGAAAGUGUUAAAUAAAAUCGUCUAACCAAUCAUAAUGCUGCAAAACAUCUGUAAGAAAACAUUCCUCUCAGCAGUACGCCAGCGACAAAUAAAACAUUUUACAACUGU